AUGCUUAAACUUCGUUCUGUUGUUGAUUAUUUAAAAGUAUUCAACGAUUUAGAUCCAUGUGUUGAUUAUAUGACAGACCAUAAAGAUGAAAUAAUAUUCUCUAUGAUUUCUGGUUCAAUAAAUGCAGAAAUUAUUGUUUCCUUUAUUAAUCAAUUACCACAAAUCAAUUCAAUUUAUUUUUUGUUGAAUCCAGCCAAUUAUGAUCAAUGA